AUGAUGGGCUCGGUGCUGCCCGCCGAGGCCCUGGUCCUCAAGCCUGGGCUGAAGCCGCAGGGGCUCUCGCUAGCCGAGGUGAUCACCUCCGACAUCCUGCACAGCUUCCUCUACGGCCGCUGGAGAAACGUCCUGGGCGAGCAGCUCUUCGAGGAGAAGAGCAGCCCCAAGACAGCCUUCACAGCCGAAGUCCUGGCUCAGUCCUUCUCCGGAGAGGUGCAGAAGCUCUCCAGCCUGGUGCUGCCGUCGGAAGUGAUAAUCGCUCAGAGCUCCAUCCCCGGAGAAGGGCUCGGCAUCUUCUCCAAGACUUGGAUCAAGGCUGGCACCGAGAUGGGGCCGUUCACGGGCAGGGUCAUCUCCCCCGAACAUGUGGACCUGUGCAAGAACAACAACCUCAUGUGGGAGGUCUUCAACGAGGACGGCACAGUGCGGUACUUCAUCGAUGCCAGCCAGGAGGAUCACCGCAGCUGGAUGACCUACAUCAAAUGUGCACGGAACGAGCAGGAGCAGAACCUCGAGGUGGUCCAGAUCGGGAACAGCAUCUUCUACAAGGCCAUUGAGAUGAUUCCUCCAGACCAAGAGCUGCUGGUCUGGUACGGGAACUCCCACAACACCUUCCUGGGCAUCCCAGGUGUGCCAGGGCUGGAAGAGGAGCAGAAGAAGAACAAACACGAGGAUUUCCACGCGGUGGAGACGGGGGCCAGCACGACGGGGCGCAUGCGCUGCGUCAUCUGCCACCGCGGCUUCAACUCCCGCAGCAACCUGCGCUCCCACAUGCGCAUCCACACCCUGGACAAGCCCUUCGUGUGCCGCUUCUGCAACCGCCGCUUCAGCCAGUCCUCCACCCUCCGCAACCACGUCCGCCUGCACACGGGCGAGCGGCCCUACAAGUGCCAGGUUUGCCAAAGUGCCUAUUCCCAGCUCGCAGGGCUGCGGGCGCACCAGAAAAGCGCCCGCCACCGGCCCCCCAACGCCUCCCUGCAGGCUCACUCGCCCGCCCUGCCCGUGCCCCACCCUGCCUCCCUGGCCCAUCACAUCCCCACCAUGGUGCUGUGAAGCCCCGGUACGGCAGCAGGAUUUGGGACAGCAAAGACUGAUGCUGAGACACGCGAUGAACUGGGGGGAAGGCCCUUGGCUGAGCUGCUUUGUGUCUUGGAGUGUGCUGGGUUGUUUUUGGGCACGGCUGACUGUGGGGGGUUGGCAGGAGGGGAGCCCCCAGCUCUGCAGCUGAGUUGUGGGGUAUCAUCCCCAGGGAGAUGUGGCACAGGGUGGGCUGGUGGCCCCUGGGGUUGGCAGGGGAGUACGGAUGCGGUGGGAUGUUCUGUGUGGGUUUGCCAGCUCAUUGGGGGAGGACUGGGAGAGCUGAAAAGCCGGGCCUGGAGGAGUCAUGUCUGGAUUUUACAGAUAAUUUGGUAGAAAGAAAAAUUCCUCUUAUCUGUCCUCCUCUGCUCUAGCAGACGUGUGCUCCAUUGAAAGGUUAGCACUGCUCUGAUGCGGCCACCCCAGUCAUACCUGUUUGCCCUGGGAGGGGCUUUGGCCGCGGUGGCUCCUUCCAAGGGACACCUUUCCAUGCUUGGGAGCCCCGAGUUAGUGAACAUUUGCAUUUU